CUGAGGUAUCAUGGAUGACAGAUAGUGGGAUUAUUGUUUUCAUCAUCUUAUCUAAUCAAUUUCUGUCUUAGUAUCAAUUAGUGACAUUACAGUUUUCGUUUGACCACUAAACCGAAUAUUUACAUCACACCAAAUCAUAUUAAAAUGUCAGAAGUCCAGCCAAAACCAGUCAAUGAGGGUGAUCUCAAGGAUCUCAAAGAACGGAUGAAGAUGAUAUCUGAUGCAGAUCCUUCUCAGUAUCACAACGAGUUCUCCCUUAAGAGAUAUUUGCGAGCUUUCAAAACUACCGAUGCCGCUUUUCAGCAAAUCUUGAAAACCAACAAGUGGAGAGUGGAGUACGGAAUUGCUGAGCUUACCGAGGACAAUCCCAUAAUCAAGAAGAACUUUGAGUCCAAGAAAGCUCGAGUUCUGAAACACCGCGACAUGCAUGGCAGACCUGUGAUUUACAUCCCUGCCAAGUACCACAACGCUAAUGAUCGGGACAUUGAUGAACUCACCAAAUUUAUUGUCUACUGUCUGGAAGAAGCGUGCAAGAGGUGUUUUGAAGAGGUGAUUGACAACCUGUGUAUAGUGUUUGACCUGAAUGAGUUUGGCCUCAGCUGCAUGGACUAUCAAGUGGUUAAAAACCUCAUCUGGUUGCUGAGCAGACAUUACCCUGAGAGACUAGGGGUCUGUCUCAUCAUCAAUGCCAACACACUCUUCUCCAGCUGCUGGGCAGUCAUCAAGGGAUGGCUGGACGAAAACACAGCUGGGAAAGUAACGUUUGUUAACAGCGAGGAGGAGCUCUGCAAGUACCUGAUCCCUGAUAUUUUGCCUACUGAUAUCUAGUCACCAGAGUAGCUCACGAGGGACCCACAGUAAGAUUUGUAGGCCAAGACAAGACGACCAUGACCUCGUCAAUUAAUCGACUGUCAAUUAAUUCUGAUUAGUCUCAGAUAUGGAUUAAGUUAGUAUUUAUUGUUCUGUUGAAACGUUGCUUUAAGAUGCCAUUGAUUUUUAAAGUAUAAAAUAUAGCCUUUACCUCUUGGGAUACAUUACUAGAACAAUGUUUGUUAUUUUGCGGAUAUUUUUAAUUGAUUUGAACCCUGGGAUCGUGUGGAAAGUGGGGUCUGACAAAAUUAAACAAAAGAUUAUUCGUUACCUCAUAUUGAAAGAUGUGGAUGAAGGAAUUUUUUAAAGAAUAGAUGGUUGAUGGUUGAUGGUAAAUAGGAUACAGUUUAAACUGUAGGAUUCUAUUUUUUUCUCAAUUAAGCUAGCUAAGCUUGCUACAGUACUUGAAAUGACAAUUGUUCUUUAUAGAGGCGAGUUUAGGACCUCGUGGUCCUUUCUUACAGUUAACCUCUACCAUUCUACACAACCAUACUAUACAAGUAGUUUCAAAAUGUGAAAAUGCAGCUGUAAUUCAUCAAAUUUUUAGGUUAAACUGUUUUGCAUUGAGCAUAAUUUAGAAAAUAACAAAACAUUUUUAAUGAUAGAUUUUUUUGUCUUGUAAUUCUUACUAAACUUGUUGACAUCGUUUUUAAACAAAUUAGUUUGGUGAAAUACAAUGGAUAGUGUUUCUAUUAGCCCUUGGACUCUAAUUUUCUCAAGUAAGCUUACUCUAUUCCUUUUCAAAAAAUUCCUUUACUAGCAAUUACUGGGCUUUCCUUUAAAAACAAUAAUAUUAUUGACACUUUCAUUUUGACUGUCAUUUUUCAUUGGUGGAUUCAGUUAUUUCUUAUCAAAUUUGGAAUGUAGACAAAAUUUAUCCUCUUAUUUUAGCUAGUGGCUAGUUUUUAGACUUUGCGAAAUUGUUAAGUGGCGUUAGAAAAUUAAUACGUUGAAUUUAAGUUAAAUUAAAAACUAAACUCUUGCCACAGGCUGAAAUUUUGAGCAGCGGAAAAACAAAAUAUCUUCUAAUACAAGAAGUUCCUAUUUUACCUAUUCUUGCCUCUACCUCGCCUAAAUUUAAUCAAAUUUUAUUUAUACAUCGUCUUUAGAUUUAAGUGUUUUCAUUUUAUCGUAGUUUAUAGGUACACGUCUUUGACAAAGAAAAUGCCAUACUUGUUUAAAUGAAAUAAUUGUAUACAUGUUUUACUAGAACAACUUCAAACUAAGUACAGCAAAUUUCUAACUACCUCACUGAGGUAUACCUAAUAGGCUACAGUUAAAGUAGAUAUUUAAAUUUCUCUUUUCCUCCAUACUAUUUUGAUGCCAUUUUUGAAAUCCGUAGAUUCUUUUCUUUAAGACCUUCUAUAUGACAAAACCCUAACCUAAUAUGACAAAACUGUUUCAAACCUUCAGCAUUUAUUUUUACUUCCAAUAUCAAUAUUUUUAUGCAUUUUAUGACUAGUAUAUCAGCUUAGUUCUAGCCUAGAAAUCUUACUGCUUCUAGGAUAGUUAUCGUUAUAGUUUUAACUUAACUCGUAAUUUAUUGUGAUAUGUGUUAGGGAACAUUGAAAAGAUAAAAUGUUGAGCUUACGUUUUGGAUUUUAAUUUAAAAUCAGCUUCUUACUAAAAAUAGUACAGUAACACUUAAAUUAAGUACCUUGACUGUAAAUACUGUUUAGGCCUUCAGUAGUUCUAGUGAUUUUUGUUUUGACAAAUUUGUUUAUUUGGACCUAAAUUACUCAAAGAUGAUUGAGAAAGUGUUUAACAUAAACAUCUUUUUAGUGGGACCUUAUAGACAUAAAAUAUUCAUGAUGGUAAAAACUAAAAACUACCUUAUCUAUAUGUCUGUGAGUAAGUUGUUUAGAAAUAAUUUUUAGAGAUUUUAAAAUUAGAAACUACCGGUAUGAACUAUGUUUAUUUAUUUAAUUUUAUUUUUAAGCCAUACAAAACAAUUUCUGUGUUUAUAUUUAUUGCCGUAUUUCGUUUCAGUAAAUUGCUUUCAGCAAUACUCGUCUAGGAUUAAAAGUAUUUGUAUUGAUUUGUUGAUAGAGUUAGAGAGUAUUAAUAUGUUGUACAGUUCUCCACUUAUUUAAACUCAAACAAAGAAUUUGGGGAAAAAUGUUAUGUAUUUGUUGUAUAACUGUUUGAAUUUAUUUGUUGAUCAUGCAAUUGAAAUUAUAUUAAGUGUGUUGCAAAAGAUUGUUUAAAAAGUGAUAUAUCAAAUAGUAUUAUAAUUUUCUUCAUGCGUAGGCUUUCGCGGCCGUUGUCAUUGAAAUCCAUGGUGAUGGUUUUCGGCGUAAACCGCGUCGUCAGUUGUAUAUCACUGCCAGACGUUUCGCCCUUACUAUGAAGUGGCAUCCUC